AUGGAAUUCGGGGAAAGCGGCAGCGAGUCUGCAGACGACCUAAGAGAAGCCAAUAGACAGCUCGAACAGCUUCGUCAGCAGCGUGGACUUGGCUCAGAGCAGCAUGGAUUUGUUGCCCGAAACCUCGAAAGUGCUCUUGAUAUUCUGGCGUCGCAGCUCAACUCCAAGACAACUCACUUUAUUUUGGAGCUCAUCCAGAAUGCGGAUGAUAACGCGUAUCCAAGUGGCGUCCAGCCUACAUUCAGCCUUGUCCUCGGCAAGAAUGGAUCCAACUUCACACUUCGUACCGACUGCAACGAGACCGGCUUCUCUUUGAAGAACAUCGAUGCCAUUUGCAGUAUUGGCAAGAGCACCAAAACCGGGAUUAUCAAUGGUCAGAAAGGGUUCAUUGGCGAGAAGGGCAUUGGAUUCAAGAGCGUCUUCAAAGUUGCCCAUCAAGUCGACAUCCUGAGCAACUUUUAUGAGUUUCGAAUUGACCGCACAGCCCUCCUGGGCAUGCUCGAUCCGAAGCCGCAUAGAUUCCCUGACACUCAGAGACGACUCCAGCAAAUCAAGCCGGAGUUGCUUUUGUUCCUGCGUCAGCUGAGCGUGCUGGAUAUAAAGGCCGAAAACGGACAUUGCGUGUAUAGGUCAACUCGUCAGGAUCGGGAUCCAAGAUACGACGGAGAAACUGUUUCUUUGAUUGAGGAUCGUGCCGGAUCCCCACUCGAUGAGCCCGUGAAGACCACAAAGCUAUAUCUCAUUGUACGGUACGAAUUGCAAGACAUGCCUGUCGAUGCCCGCCGGAAUAGCGUUUCCAGCACCGAGAUCACACUGGCGUUCCCUGUUGGCUCCGAGCUCGAGACAUGUGAGGCUUUUGCUUUUCUGCCAAUCGACCAGUCUGGAUUCAACUUCAUCGUGCAGGCCGACUUCCUUCUUGUGGCCAAUCGCCAGGCACUGCAGCAUGCCCUGCCGUGGAACCAAAGAAUCCUUGAGGCUAUUCCCGAUGCCUUCGUGCAAGCAGUUCAUCACUUCAACCAUCCCGGUGCAACACACGGAUACAGUCUGAAAUACGAAUGGCCUCUCUUCCUCGAGUACACCGGCCCGAAGAGCUCCCCCUGGGCAGAGGUUCAUCAAGGAAUCAAGAAAAGACUGUGCGACGAGGACGUUCUUGAAGCUCGAGAUGGCAGCUUUAGGGCUGUGCGGCCUAUUCCAUGUCCUGCGGGCACUCAGCAGACUGCUGCCCACAAGCCACUCAUUGUCAUUCCAACAGAGUACCGCUUUGACAAUGGCUUCCUAAUUGAUGCGACAAUCAACCACGGCCAUCAUCUGGCGUUCGAAUACGACCCUGUCUUGGAGAAGUUGAAGACACUCGACAUGAAGGAGAUGACUGGUGCAGGUCUUCGUAACGAAUUCAGCGAUUGGCUCGAACGUGCUGGCCAUGCCGGACUUGCCGCGAAGUCUGACAAGUGGCACGUGGCACUGGCUGCGGCCUUCAUGUGGAAGGGUCGCAGCAAGCAGAAAGACAAGCUUCAGGAACUACCUCUGGUUCAUCUAGCAGACGGGAGCUGGGCAGCCUGUGCGCGCGGCGACAUCUUUUUCCCGUCAACGUCAACGGGAGCAGUCUUGAAUGUGCCCUCUGAUCUUGGAAUUCGAAUCGUUCAUUCAAAUGCUGCAAAAGAUCCACAUCGACGGGAGUUCUACACUUACCUCGGUGUCAAAAAGCUGGACGCUGAAACAAUUUGUUCUUUGAUUCUCGAAAAGCACGCAACGAUUCCGAGACCUAGGCGGAAGCAGCUCAACUGGGUGCUCGACAUCCUGUUCCUUUUCAGACAGAAGAAGCUUCUAGCGACCAUGGACAAGAAACCUCGAUGGUUUCUGGUGGCCGGCAACAGGUCGGUCGCAGAGCAUGUGUAUGUGGAGGAUCCGUCUAGCCACUGCCCUCUCCUUUCUAGACUCAUUGCCGAUCCUAGCUCGGAGAUACGAACCCCCAGCAGCGAUAUUAUGGACGCAUUCACUGGGGACACCAAAUAUGAAUUCAUCAGUUGGUUGCAGCAGCUCCCGGGAGUGUCCUCACGACCCCGACUCGUACAUAAAGGCUGUUUGACUAGAGAAUGGCUCGUUCUCAGUCAAAAUGCAGGCAAUGAGCUCUUGAUUUACCUGAAAAACAUGUACAAGAAUGACCACCAAUCUUUCAGUCACAUGGGCGAAGUUGGGGCCGCCAUGGGUAACAUUCGCGUUCAACUGAUGAACGACCAACGAAUUGCCCAAAGGCCAGCAUACGCAGUCACCCAAGAAUCGGUCAACGAAUUUUAUAGAAAGCUGAGCAUAAGUGCCCGAGACUUUCAACCUCAGAUCCGAACUGCAUUUGCACAGCAGCCCUUGAUCUUCAUCAGCGGCCCAAAUCCCCAAUGGGCUUAUCCGACUGACUGUAUAUGGCGUCGGCCUGACUACGUUGAAACUGGAUUGCCCCUGCCCAAGGUGUAUGAAGGCUAUACUGGUCUGUUCAGGGAUUACCUCGAGAUUCGAAGCAUCAACACAGGUGAUAUCGCACGCGAGAUAAAGGCUAUAGCCCAGAAUGGGGGAAGUAUUGGCAAAGUUCAACAUCUUGUUCGAGACCUCAUUGCUUUGCUUCCUCAUGGGAGACUCGCUGAACUAGAGGAGCAAGACCGAGACGAGAUCGAGGGAGCACAACUAUUCCCUGUCAAGACUUGUUCGCACCGCAGUAGCGACACUGAGGGGCCGACUGCUUUGCGCAGCCUUCGAGACAUGAAAUGGUAUAUCGCAGACAGGCCGGAGCUGGAAAAGAUGUUCAUCGGAAAGAUCGAGCUUCUCGAUGUAGAUGCGAGUCACCGAAGAAGCCUUGUGGGCGCGUUUGGGCUGCACCGUCGACAACUUUCCAAGGCUGUCACAGAAGAAGUGACUUGGAACGAUCGGGGACAAACUGUUGAUCGCAACAUGACAACCUCGUUCCGUUCUAGGGCUGCACAAUUUUGCAGGCUCAGUAGCAACCCGACCGCCGAAAUGCUUGAUCGGCUCAAGAAAACCGAAGUUAAGACGGUCUCAUGCAUAAACAUCACGAGAAAUCUCGAUGGAUGCGACCCGAUACGAGAUGCGUCGCGUCGCCACCAUGUACAGGAGCUCGAUGACCGCAUCGUCAUCUAUCACACCACUCUCACCGAGGCGGAUGUGAUGCACCUCGAAGACGACUUCUCAAGUAUGGUCGUCAGAACUUGCGGUAUUGACGAUGCGCGGUGGUCUCGGCUGGUUCCUUUCAUAAUGCGAGUGGAUCCGGACCAGAUCAUGGAUUUUCUCGACAAGCAUGAUGUGCGUGACAACAACGGGCUGGCGUAUGACAUGGUGGACGAGUGGGAGAAAGCCAAGAGCGAGAAUGGUCAGUCUGAGAAGAAACAGGGAGACCAGGUGAUCGAAUCUGGUCCAACAGAAAACGCCAUGGAUGUGGGCGACGGCCCAGAUGAUCUCGACUUGGGCGGCAUUUCCUUUGAAGAUAACGACGCAGGUCUGUAUAACGACGAAGAUUUCGAGGGCGGCGCCCCCGACAAGCCGGACGCUCUCAAGAAAGCCACCGAAGCUGCUGAGGUUGAACUGGAGGUAACGGCGCGCCACUGCCCUGGGACAGCUCCCUCGUCAUCGUCUCCAACAUCGAAUCCCACGCCUCUGAGAAACGUCCGCCGUCAUUCCAGAGUUGAGGAGUCAUCUCAUACUCGCAAGAGGCAGCGCGUUGAAAAGAUCACGACUCCACCCAGUGUCGACAGGAUCAGCGAGGACGCAGACGUAUAUGAUGAUUUGGCAAUCGACGACGCUGUUGAGCUCCCAUCGGAGCCGACAAUCGAGGUGGACGUCCCGCCGAUUCCUCACGAGCCAGAAUACCCUGGAGUGAGACAAAAUGUGGAGGCCCUAUUGAGCGAAUUACUCCCUGGCUGGCAGCCGUAUGGAGACGAGAUGCCCGACUGCUAUCGAUACGUCGACGACGGAGACGAGACCAUGCUCAAGUUUUCCAAGAGAUUUCAUCUCAGGGCUGACAGUUUUGAACACAUUGCACCGCAGAUGAAGGCGGGAACCACCUACUGUCUCGAUAUCAAGAUUACUGCCGGCGAAGUGUCGACGCCUUUCGGUUUGAAUAAGACGCAAAAUCACUUUCAUCACAAACGAGACAACACGACCAACAUUGUGUAUCUUGUUUUGCGGGUAUCUCACGCCCUACAUGACAUCCAGGACCUCUUGGUCGUAUUGAACCCUUGGACUCGCCGCGUUGAUGAGAAUGACCGGACGGAGCUCCAGUGUAGCGAGUGGACUGUGUUCAACUUUGUGUGA